GUUUCUAGUUUCCAUCCAUGCCGCAGCUCGGUCGCGCACUCGACAGCUUUCCGUUGUCGGCAACGCAGCGCUCAAAGCUUGCCAAGGCCGGCUUUUUCAACGUGCAGGAUGUGCUCGAAGUGUCUGUGAUUGACCUCAGUCGAGAACUUGGCAUUACAACAACAGAGUCACUGGAAAUACUCACCCUCGUGCGCGGGGACGGCGACGCGGCCAAGCAGUCGCCACUUGCAAGCGCCGCGAGCGUUUCAGGCGUUGUUUCAAGCACAGCGGCGCUCGCCGCCAGCCCAGUGUCCACUUCCGCGUCAGCCGCUGCGCUGUUACAACAAGAGGCAUCGCGUGGUGCGAUUCGGACAGGCUCGUUUGACAUGGACGCCAUGCUUGGAGGUGGAGGCGUGCCUGUGGGCAAGAUCACCGAGUUCUGUGGCGCGCCAGGAAUUGGCAAAACACAACUUGGGAUACAAAUAGCUGUGAAUGCACACAUGCCGCGGGCCAUCGGUGGACUCGAGGGCGAGGCUGUUUACAUUGACACGGAAGGCAGCUUUAUCAUUGAGCGGUCGGAAGACAUUGCCGAAGGCGGCGUGCGGUUCGCGGCUGAACUGGUCGCGUCGCAGCUGCCUCCACAACAAGCGAUUGGCCUCGGAGGAAUGACCGCUCAACAGGUCUUGGCAGGAAUUCACUACUUUCGAGUUCACGAUUAUAUCGAGCAGCUUGCUCUUGUUAAUAUUUUGCCCGAGUUUCUCGCAGAGCAUCCGGCCGUCCGCGUCAUUAUUGUGGACAGUGUGGCUUUCCAUUUCCGUCACCACUUUGAUGAUAUGGCACUGCGCACUCGCUUGCUCAAUGGCAUGGCGCAGUCUUUCCUCAAGAUGGCGAUUGACUCGUCCGUGGCUAUUGUGUUAGUCAACCAAAUGACCACAAAAAUGGGCUCUGAGCGUGGACAAUCCCAUCUCGUGCCCGCCCUUGGAGAAAGCUGGGGUCAUGCUAGCACCAAUCGAGUCAUCAUGUUCUGGAAGGACGGCCUGAGACAAGCCACCCUGUACAAGUCAUCAUCCAUGCAGGAGCGAACCAUCACCUAUCAAAUAACCGCCGAGGGUGUGCGAGAUGCCCCCUCGCGCAAUCUUCAACCAACACCACUCGUCCCAGCCACCAGCAACAGUUACAUGGCCCCCUCGAAAAGGCCGCGCGAGGAAGAUUCCGAUCCCCUCAGACCAGCCACUACAAGUCCUCAGCCCGAGGAUGUUGGACAACACGUCCAUCGCGCAGCUCGCGUGGUAGGCUCGUUCGAACCAUGA